CAUCUCUCCAUCUCCACACGUUUGAAAUGCAGUCUGUCUUCUGUGGCCAAACAUUCAUUCUGUUUUAUUAUUUCAGGUCCAACACAGGUUGUUGAGGUUAUAAUGGAGGUUGGUAGGGGUGGGGCCAGAUGGGAUAGAUGUGUCCUAUUGGCGGAGAGCAGGGGCUGAUUAUGACAUAGCCGUGUAUCCAGGCUCGAGCCCGUUUUACCGCAGUAUCGUCGCGCCGCAGUUUAACGGAACAGGCAGUCUCGCAUCGUCCGUGACUGUAGAUUAGCCUUCUGUCGAUAGACUCAUCACCGGUGGAUUGAAAAGCCUAGAAUUUAUUCUGAAACACCUCGCGCCUUUUACCGAACUAGACAGACAGAUAACGAUCAUUAUCGGGACAUCUCAUUUUACCGCGCCAGACAGCAGAAUCCUAAUUUUUUGUUGACACCGAGUACAAACUGCUGCAUGCUACGCACCGGGCACCAUGAACAACAAGGAAGAUGAGCGCGCAGACAGCGGAGUCAAGGAGCCGUACUUCUGGAACCCUCGGACACACGAGUUCCUGGGCCGGACUGCAAGCAGCUGGGGUCUGAUCCUGCUGUUCUACCUGGUGUUCUAUAUAUUCCUGGGUGGAAUGUUCGUCCUGACCAUGUACGUGAUGCUGCUAACACUGGACGACUAUAAACCCACCUACCAGGACCGCCUCGUUACCCCAGGUAUGAUGAUCCGUCCACGGGGCGAGGCCAUGGAGAUUCUCUACAACACCAAGGACACAGAGAGCUUUGACAUCUAUGCCCAGACACUGAACAACUUCCUCGAAUCCUACAACAACUCCCUACAGGUCCAGAACAACGAUGAGUGCCCCCCUGAUAAUUACUUCAUCCAGGAGGACAGUGGAGAGGUGAGGAACAACCCUAAGCGUUCGUGUCAGUUUAACCGUUCCACUCUAGAGGAGUGUUCUGGGAUCACGGACCGGACCUACGGUUACCAGAAGGGACAGCCCUGUGUUCUGAUCAAACUCAACCGGGUGAUCGGGAUGCUUCCAGGGAAGGACGGACAAUCUCCUUAUGUCACCUGUGGAGCCAAGAGAUAUAAAGUGGGGCAAGAUGAAUGGAAAGAGGACAGUGACGCGAUCGGAGAAUUGGCCUACUACCCUCCCAACGGAACCUUUAACCUCAUGUACUUCCCCUACUACGGCAAGAAGGCCCAGCUGAACUACUCCCAGCCCCUGGUAGCAGUGAAGUUCCUCAACAUCUCUCUGAAUACAGAUGUGAAUGUUGAGUGUAAAAUCAACUCUAACACACUGAAGACUGGAGGAGAGAGAGACAAGUUCGCUGGACGGGUCUCUUUCAAACUCAGAAUCACCUCACCUAUAAACUAGACCACUACACACACACACACACACACACACACACACACACACACACACACACACACACACACACACACACACACACACACACACACACACACACAUACACACACACACACACACACACACACACACACACACACACGUUACUGCCAUAUGAAGGACCAUAUCAGACCCUCUGGAAAUGGAGACCUGGAGGAGAGCAGGAGGAGAGGGAAGGAGGAGGAGAGGGGAGAGGGGAGGAGGAGGAGAGGGAAGGAUGAGAGCAGGAGGAGG